AUGCCUGCGAACGGAAAACAAACAAUAAAACUGCUCAAACCCCUUCGACUUUUACUAUUGGGGGCGCCAGGAUCCGGUAAAGGGACACAGACUUCACGACUACUAGAAAGAAUUCCUCAGUUGUUCUCAAUUUCCUCGGGCGACAUUUUACGUCAAGAAGUAAAAUCUGAAUCAACUCUGGGUCGGGAGGCUGCUACUUAUAUUGCUCAGGGGAAGUUAUUGCCGGAUGAUCUCAUAACGCGUCUGAUAACGUUUCGUCUUUCAGCAUUAGAUUGGUUAAAACCGUCAGCUGCAUGGUUACUCGAUGGAUUUCCUCGAACUACUCCACAAGCUUCCGCUUUGGACGAGCUUCUGAAACAACAUGAUGCCAGUUUAAACUUGGUGGUAGAGUUAGAUGUGCCCGAAUCCACCAUAUUGGAAAGAAUUGAGAAUAGAUAUGUUCACAUUCCUAGUGGAAGAGUAUAUAAUUUGCAAUAUAAUCCCCCGAAAGUACCUGGGCUAGAUGAUAUCACUGGUGAACCAUUAACCAAAAGACUUGAUGACACCGCUGAAGUGUUUAAGAAACGACUGGAAGAGUACAAUCAAACAAAUGAGCCGUUAAAAGAGUACUACAGAAGUAGUGGGAUUUUAAGUACCGUCUCAGGAGAAACCUCAGAUAUUAUCUUCCCUAAGUUAUUGAACCUAAUAACCAGAAAAUUUGGCCAUUAG